AUGACGGAUUAUGUACCAUUAAACACUUCUGAAAACCCACCUUCACCCACGGCCCUUGCCAAGAAUAGACAGGAGACAAAGUUCAAUUAUAUUAUCUUGUUUUUGUUUCUUGCUAUUGGCAUAACCGUCUUGUCUACUAUUCCUUCGAUCAUAUAUUUGACCGGUAAUGAAUCAUGGCAAGAGCUAACAAAUCAAACUGAUACUCCUUUGGUAGAGCCUCCAGAAACAAUAAUAGUACCUCCAGAAAUGACGAGACAAAAAAUUGUCGGCUACUUUACGUCGUGGUCAAUUUACGCCAGGAGUUUCAAUGUUCGCGACAUCGACGCAUCAAAACUUACACACAUUAAUUAUGCAUUCUUCAAUUUAUCGCCCGACGGUAAAGUCAUUUUCGGCGAUCCGUGGGCGGAUACAGACAAACAUUUUGAUGGAGACUCCUGGAAUGAAGAAGGAACCAACUUGUAUGGAAACUUUAAACAACUGGCUUUACUGAAGCAAAAGCAUAGGCAUCUUAAAGUUGUUAUCUCAAUUGGAGGUUAUACAUGGUCAACAAACUUCGGUUCGGUCACCGCAAAUCCAGAGACCCGAAAAACUAUGGUUGAUUCUUUGUUAAAAUUGGUUAAAGAUCUUUACAUCGAUGGUAUUGACAUUGACUGGGAAUAUCCUAAAAAUGAGAAAGAAGGAACAAACUAUGUACAUUUGGUUCGAGAACUUCGAAAUGCACUGAAUGAUUAUGCCGCAGAUAUGGGAGAAGCUCAACCGUUUCUCAUAACUGCAGCACUACCAUGCGGACCUGAGAAUUACAAUAGAAUUCCGUUAAGAGAACUUAGCCGAUACCUUGAUUUUCUUAAUCUCAUGGCUUAUGACUUUGCUGGUUCUUGGUCAUCAGUUACAGGUCACCAAUCAAACUUGUACGGUAAGGAUAUUUCCGUUGACAGAGCUGUUAGCGAUUAUUUGGCUGCGGGAGUGCCACCUGAAAAGAUUGUGAUCGGCAUGCCAAUGUAUG